AUGCUUUGGCCCGCUUCUGCAGCUUCAGCCAACACUUCUGCUCUUCUCUCUCCUUGCGAGCUCAACAAGGAGCCGUUCACCUGUCUCAGCUCUGAGGAGGACGACGAUGAGUGUGAGAAGGACCUUAAGAAAGAAGAUGAGCUUAAGCCGCGCUCUUCUUCUCCCGCAUGCAGACGUCACCGCUCCACAUCGGGGUCCUACCAUGGAUCUCGUCGCCAUGGUCCCCCUCCUACAACCAGAUGCCGUGGAAUUUUGCUCCCUGGAACUACAUAA